UCCCGUGAUCUGCUAUACACACGGAAGUCGCACAGUGCGGUAAAGGGUUGGCAGGUUCAGAUUAUUCUGCUUCUAGAUUAAGGUGUAUUCGUACGUAUAGUUGUCGAUACUCUGUAGCGAUGGCUACCUUCAUCUCGGUACCGCUCAAGAAAACGUCAGAAGUGGAUUUGGUCAAGCCGCUCUCCAAGUAUAUUCACAACACUUAUCCUUCGGGAGAAGACCAAACGGAAUACUGCCGGGCGGUCGACGAGCUUAAUAAACUGCGUAAGAGUGCAGUAGGUAGGCCGCUGGACAAACAUGAGACAUCGUUGGAGACAGUCAUGAGGUAUUAUGAUCAGCUGUGUUCAGUUGAACCAAAGUUCCCAUUUACAGAGAGCCAGCUAUGUUUAACAUUUACAUGGAAAGAUGCCUUUGAUAAAGGAUCUAUUUUUGGUGGAUCUGUAAAACUUGCUUUGCCAAGUUUGGGUUAUGAGAAGACGUGUGUGCUUUUCAACAUUGGUGCUUUGGCUAGCCAAAUUGCCUCUGAACAAAACCUAGACAACGAUGAAGCAUUGAAAGCUGCCUCUAAAUUUUAUCAGCUGGCUAGCGGUGCAUUUUCACACAUUAAAGACACCGUUUUAUCUUCCUUAAAUCGUGAUCCUACGGUUGAUAUCUCUCCAGACACAGUUGGCACACUCAGUCUUAUCAUGCUUGCACAGGCCCAGGAGGUGUUUUUCUUAAAAGCAACAAGAGAUAAAAUGAAAGAUGCUGUAAUCGCUAAAUUAGCCAAUCAAGCUGCAGAUUACUAUGGUGAUGCUUUCAAGCAGUGUCAGUACAAGGACACAUUAUCAAAGUAUUUCUAUUUCCAGGAGGUGUUUCCUAUCCUGGCUGCAAAACAUUGCAUAAUGCAAGCCCAUGCAGAGUAUCAUCAGUCUGUUCUUGCAAAGCAGCAGAAAAAAUUUGGUGAAGAAAUUGGGAGGCUUCAACAUGCUUCAGAUCUGGUGAAAACGGUAUCUUCCCGCUACGAUGAAUAUGUUAAUGUGAAAGACUUGGCUGACAAGAUCAACCGUGCUCUUACAGCUGCUAAGAAAGACAAUGAUUUCAUUUACCAUGAUAGAGUUCCAGAUUUGAAAGACCUUGAUCCUGUUGGAAAAGCAUCUCUAGUGAAGUCAACACCAGUCAACGUGCCUUUGAGCCAGAAGUACACUGAUUUAUUUGAGAAGAUGGUCCCACUAGCAGUUCAGCAAUGUUUAAGUGUCUACAACCAGCGAAAAUCGGAACUUAUCAACUCAACAAUUGCUCAGAUGAGGGAUGCCACAAUUUUUGCUAACGGGGUUUUGGCUUCUUUAAAUCUUCCUGCUGCUGUUGAGGAUGUUUCUGGGGAUAGCAUUCCUCAGUCUAUUCUGAACAAAUCAAAGACUGUCAUUGAGCAAGGUGGCAUACAGACAAUUGGUCAGCUUAUAAGGGAUCUUCCUGAACUGUUACAGCGAAACAAAGAAAUUCUGGAAGAGUCACUGAAAUUUCUGGAUGAGGAAGAAGCUACGGACAAUGAUCUAAAGGCAAAGUUUAAAGAUCGCUGGCAGAGAACACCAUCCACUGAACUUUAUAAACCACUAAGAUCUGAGGGUAGCAAUUUCCGCAAUGUUUUGGACAAAGCCAUCGGAGCUGAUGCCGUUGUUAAGGAACGUUACCAGUCUCACAGAGAAGCAAUUGUAAUACUCUGCAAACCAGAAGCGGAGCUUAAUGCAGCUAUACCAUCUGCCAACCCAGCAAAAACAAUGCAGGGUAGUGAAGUUGUUACUGUCUUGAAAUCUUUGCUGAAUAAGUUGGAUGACAUGAAGAAGGAAAGAGAACAGCUAGAGAAUGAUAUUAAAUCCGUCAAUUUUGACAUGACAACAAAAUUUCUUACCGCAUUGGCACAAGAUGGUGCUGUCAACGAAGAGGCAAUAUCUGUAACAGAACUGGAUCAGAUUUAUGGAAGCUAUACAUACAAAGUACAGGAAAACCUGAAAAAGCAGGAGGAUCUUCUAAAUAAUAUUCAGUCAGCUCACCAAGAAUUUUCAAAGAUGAAACAAUCAAACUCUGAAGCUAAUUUGAGAGAAGAGGUCCUGAAGAAUUUAGCUGUGGGGCAUGACAACUAUAUAGAACUUGUAGCUAAUCUGAAGGAAGGCACAAAGUUUUACAAUGAUUUGACUGAUAUUCUGCUGAAAUUUCAAUGCAAAUGCAGCGACAUUGUUUUUGCCCGCAAAACAGAGCGAGAUGAAUUGUUAAAGGAUAUACAACAAAGCAUUGCUAGAGAACCAAGUGCUCCAUCAAUUCCCCAAGUACCAAGUUACCAAAGUGCCCCAUCUUCUAUAUCAACAAAUAUUGCUACAUCCAGCAUCCCAACACCGGCACCUAGGACUGUCUUUUCUGCAAAACAGCCUCCACCAAGACCACCACCACCAGCAAUGCCUUCAGCCAGUCCAGUUCCAGCUAGUGCUGCCCAAGCAUCUAACCCAGCACCAACUGCAGCUGCUGAUUCUUCACAGCCUCCAUCAAACACUAUUCCGUCUCAGGCCCAAGGACCUCCAUAUCCCUCCUAUCCUGGAUAUCCAGGGUAUUAUGGAAUGCCAAUGCCAGUCGGCUAUAACCCGUACAUGUAUGGACAGCAAACCAUUCCUCCUUACAUGUACCAACCACCAUCUGGACAGCCACCGUACCCAGCUCAGCAGCCCUCCUUCUCCUAUCCACAGCAGCCUUUUUUCCCUCCACAAUAAGUAAUCAACUGUUAAGACUUGCUUGAUAAGGCAGAGUAGGAGGGAAGACUGCAGUAAGCUUACCGUAAACAGAUUUUGCAAUACAUCAUACUCGUUUAAUUUAUCUUCUAAGUUUUGAGAUCUGACUCUGAGUUAUACUUCUGAUUUUGCUAGACUGCUUUCUGGCGCCCUCUUUUUAGGAAGCCUUUAGUGCACUGACCAAAGUGAACAUUUAAAACCUGCUUUCUUAGGUAUCAAGUGAUUUAUGGAAUCUGAAAGAAGUCUUGACAGGUAUAUGAUUUCUGCUCAAUGUUCUUUAUUGUUUCUUAUAUUUGAAACAAUUAUGUUGCUCGUUCUUCUUUAUUUUUACUUUCUUAGUUAUCUACCUGUAUGUUAUUUUUGUCUAAUAAUCAAAGCCUAGUAAACAUGAUUUACAAAAAUAAAUACAUGCUUUUUUUUCCUCUUCAA